AUGUCUAGAAGAUUGUAUAAAGGCUCACCAAAAACAUCCUCCAUCUCCUGCCUUGAAAUUGUCCAGCUUGGUGAUCUUGUUGUUAAGCUUGGAGGAUUUGUUGGUGAAAGUGAGAGUGUUAAGAAAGCCGUUAAGAAUGCUAUUAUCGCUGAAAUUGAGAGUAAUGAAGAGCUUAAAAAUGAUUACUCUUCUCAUGUUACUACCCUUUCUGAGUCUGUCAAGUCUGCUGGCCAGGCUGUUGGCACCGAUGAAAUUAGUGAGCUUAAGCAGAAAGUUGCUGAUCAAAUUAAGCUUCUUAAAGAACGUGAAUUGCAACUUCAAAAUCAAUUAAAAGAUCCUUCUUCUUCCCCCUCUCCCUCUGCUGACUCAGCCGAAUUGCACUCCAAGUUGGAGGCUUUGAGGAAAGUGGAGAAGCUUUGUGAAUUUUAUGAGAAACUUAAAACUAUGCCAAAUGAGCCAAAAAAGCUCUUAGAGAAUCUUUGUGACGGCCUUCAGACUUUCCUCGGCUUCGACUCUGCUUCCAAAGGCUACGAUGGCAGUGGUAUUGUGUACUCUGACCUAGAUAGGCUGUGUGACGGGGUGAUGGGAUUUUUGUAUCAGGUGCUUAAGGAUGUCAGCGAGAAACAGCCUUAUGAAUCAGGUAAGCGAAUGUUUUUAGACCGUUUAAUUCGUGAAAUAUAUGCCAAAUUAUGUUCAGGUGUUGAAGGCUUCAAGAGCGUCGUAGACCGUGUCAUCAGCAGGGUGAAGCAGUACAAUGAGAAAGUUGUAGACUCAAAUGACAAGGUAAGUGAACCGAUUAAUGAACUAUUAGGUAAGGUGAGAGACGAGUAUACCAAGUCAAUUACUAGCAUUCCAGAUAAAACGGACUUGAAAAUCAUGACUCCAGAAGAAAUCGGCAAGAUUGUCUCGCCCGUUGAUAAGUUGAGAGAUGCGUGCAUAAGCAGCGCAAAGUCAUUUGACACCAAACUUACUAAGUUAACUAAGCAUAUUAAUGAUCUUAAUUAUAAAUUGCGUGACAGUGUAAAAACUACGCGUGAGCGUAUUCAGCUUGAGACUGCACGUGUUGAGGCGAUGUCCAAAAAGGAACGCGAGAACUACGACGCGGUUAUAAAGCUGCUCGAAGAUUCCGCAGAAAACUUGAAAAAAGUGGUAAACCAAAAAGUUAAGAAUGAUGUGAGUUCGCUAGUCGCGGAGUUGAAGAGAAGGGUUUCGGAGAUUUUGAAAAAGCUGGAGACAAUUUUUUCCAGUUUGCAGCAGUAUGUCAGCAAGUUGCAGGAAUGGAUUAAGAAAGCAGAUGCCGACGUUAAGUCGGCACACGCGCAGGUUGAAAGUAUAUUGAGGGAAGUGAAUGAGAAUCCCAUGUCGGCAAACAGGCAGAAUGUCGAGGCCGCCGCACUGCAGUUGAAAGGAAAAGCGGAGGAGUUGUUGGCUGCAGGACAGAAGGCAAAAGAGAACGUUGCGGAAACAGUAAAGCUGGCGCUUGCGGAUGUGAAGAAGAUGGACGAGGCGCUUAAAGGGGAUUUGUAUAAGGUGAAGGAUGCUGUUCAGGAGAAGGUAAAGGGUAUUAAGGAGGCGAUCAACGAUGUGACUGAAGAGCUGAAAAAACAUUUUCCAACGGAGGCUGAUAACAAAGUGACGCUUGAAACAACGAAAACGUUCAACGAAUACAAUACCUACGUCGACCAACAACACCUGACUGCCCUUUCCGACCCUGACUUCGACGCCAUCAAAGCAGCAGGCACCCUCCCCGCGGCGAUCGGUGCGAUUAAGACAAAAGUGGAGGAGGCUUUGUCCAAAAUCGACGAAAUGAGUAGUCAAGCCGACACCCAUUUCAACGAGGUUACAACCAGACUCCACGACCUCUGCGAAGCAAUUAAGGUGCCAGCGUACAACGCAAACACAACGCUGAAAGUGUUGAAAGAUACGCCUUUCGCGGAUUAUGUAAAAGGUAGCAAGCGUGCAGAUGACAGCAUUAAAAAAAUUGCGCAUGAGCUAAAUGAGCUGAAAAGCAACCUCGACACCGGUGCAAUCACUGACGCCCGUAGGUUACUUGGUGACAUUCCCAAAUUGGAAGACGAACUUGUCAAAAGGGUCACCCAGUUCGUCACCUGCGAAGUCAAUGUCGUCAAAAAGGAGCUCGCCUCACGCAUCGUCCAGAGCCACGUGACGGUCGUCAAGCUGUUGCUACAGCAAUUUGUCGCCAAGCUGCAGUCGGAGUUAGAGAAACUGCCGGACGCCAUAGAAAAUGACAAGCAUAUCGGAUUCAAGGUGUCCGUGAUCUGUCCUUCGCCUUCAACAAUUUUUUUCACCGCAAUAAACCAUUACCUCCAGCAGGAGAUCACUAGGCGUAACGAUGAAGAGAACAGAAAGAAGAAUCCUUCCCUCCCGAAGACACCGGAUCCCUACGCAUCGAAGCUCACAGCUGUGUACACCGCGCUUGGCAACGUACUCAAACACAUCACCGACAAGAAUUAUUAUGACUAUAAGAUACCCGGUCUACUCGAUGAGCUGAUGAACGCUGUCAAUGGUCUCACGCCGCAAGAUUUUGCCGAUCCGAACACUGCCAUCCUUGAUGGCAUACGUGUUGGUCUGCGCGGUUUCGUUAACGAGAUGAGGAAGGCAUACAUAUCCUCUUAUGACUGUGCGAAAGGAAUUACGUGGGAUGGUACUUUUACGGACAAAGCACCUGAGGAAAGCAGAAAUGGUGUGAAAGUCUUCUUGACAAUUCAAAAGAUGCUUUCCGAUGACCUGACUGAGUUGUAUACGCAGUUGACUGAAAAGACUGUGUUGCGGGGGCUCAAAAUAUACGCAUCUUCUGAUGACAAGGAAAACACGCUAGGUGAUCUACUGCAAAAAUGCGGGUAUAAAUUAGGCAGUGAGAAUGGUAGGCAGGAUGGCGAGGUUCAGUGCUCUGCUAAAAUGAUGGGCAGAAACAUACUUGGUCACCUUACGCAAAAUAUUCAAAACGCGCACUAUAAUGAACAUCUUAAGCAGUGCAGACCAAAUAGGAAACGGUACAACUUCGGACUAAUCGAUAUAAUAGCGUGCAUCUUCCAACAUGUAAAUCAAUACUACACUGUCUGUCACCUACCAACUGUACAGUCAUCUAAGCUGCCAUGCAACAUUUACCAGAUGCUCUCAUGGCUCUGUGGCUUAACAUAUAAUCAAGUGUACCCGCAACUAUCGCUUAACGCAUUUAGCGAUUUGUUCGAUAAGGGUGAACAAUCUGCGCCAGCAGACAGUGAGGACGUAUCCUUCGUUGACGAAACUGCCGACGCAUUGCCAGCUUAUCCACAUGAAGUCAGCGUUGCAAAUCUCUCGACCACACUUAUGGAGGUAUGCCAUCAUUCGUAUGAGGUAUUGUGUGCAAUACUAGGCCACGGACACGCAGGUGGUCGUUACGCCUGUGAUUUCAAUACGAACCCGGACAAGUUGUCAUAUCCAAGUAACCCGUCAAAGUGUCUAGACCUAUGCAUAGAAAUACUGAUUAGACUAUAUAAUCAACUCUACUUCAUAUACGUUCAGUGUCAUCGUUUAUCAAACGCUGUGUCGUGGCGUGAUUGUUAUUAUGGUCGGCACGUGGGCGGUUCGUCAUGGGAGUGCAAUGAGAUACAAUGCGCUGACCUAAUUGCCAACCAAAGAGGUGCCCAAAAGUGUAACCAAAACGCUGCCCAAACGUGUGAGCAACACCCGAAGUGUGGCAUAAAGUCGCCUCUGCAGUCAUUCUUGGAGGAUGGUCUGCCUGGGUUUCUCCCUCACCCCUUCAAAACACCCAAUUGCAAACUAACUUGUGAAGCGCCAAACCAUCGUGGCAUACCAUGCAAAACUCCAAUGGGCUUUGCAGAUAUCAGUGUAACGGCGUCACAUACAAAAAAAGGAUCGCACCUCGCAGAGGCUUUAGCAGCUUUAUGCGGUACACCGAAUACACCCUUGGCUGCAAUCUGCGCCUCACUUACGUGCUUGUUACAGCGAGCUCCGCAGACCUUGGACGACAUGUUCUCAUUCUACUAUCAUCUACUUAAAGGUUGGAAUGGUAGUAACAGCAAACGCAAUACGCAUAAAUGCUAUGCUUUCAAUGAUGCCGUCACAAAGGCCCAUUUCGGUGAAGCAUAUCCAGAUUUGGAUAUAACCACGAUAUUUAAGGGCAGCGAUCACAGGACUGGUAAUCACGUUAACGGUGAGCUGCAUAGUUUAUUUACGUGCGAUUACGGUAACAAAACUGAAAUGGAAUGCGGCCGGUAUAUGCAGCCAUUUGGCCACAAUAUAUGGACAGUUUUCUCCGAAGUCAAUGCCGACAAAUAUCUCACUUGGAUUGUCUAUCUCACGGAAGCAUUUUACGAUUUACUCAAGAAGCUGUACGAAGAGUGUUGCAAAAACUGCAAAACCCCAGGAUCACGGUGUCAUGGUAAGACGUGUCACCAGAACUGUUUAGUUUCCCAUACCUCCACUCAUUCUAAAAACUGUAGGUCAAUUGCUCAGUGCCCAUUCACACGUCCGACAUUAAGCGAAUACGGAUUUGUAUUUCAGAGCGAAUCAAACCUCAGCGGAACAUAUGCCCGAACAAACGUAGUUAGCAAC